AUUUUAUUAGGUACUCAUUGAAACAGGGAGUUGUUGUUUUCCCGUUUAGUCUAAUGAAGUUCAUAGAAGACGCAACUCCAAAUAGUUUUGCUUUAUGUAUGACUACAAUACAAGCUUUAUUUGGGUAGUAUAUUUAUUUGAUUGACUCGAUGUGAUCUGGAGGUGUGCUCAGUUUUAUGUUCUCAAUUUAGCAUUUUCAGGUUUGAUCUGAGCGUAUCUGGAGGUGUGCUAAAGACUGAAGCAUCACCACCGUUGUUUCCUCGUGCACCGCAGGCGCUCAUCGACAUGCAAUCUUUUUUUUUGCUGGGGACCCAGAAUCUGGAGCUCGCGUGUACGUUAUUUUUCUCAAUGAGAACCAUGUUGAAUUAGAUUACUUGAAAUCUUGGUUUUGGCCAUGUACGUGCAGUUCCACCGGUUGUUUAUAAAUAGAAAACUGAGGUGGGUUGUGAUUUCUGAAUCUGGUGAGGGAAUUAGCAAAACUUCAGAGGAAGUAGGAGACUGUGUUUUAAGUAUACAGCCAUCAACCUGAUCGAUAUGUUCCUCCUUGCAUUUUCGGUUAAACAUUGUCAAGCACUGUAAGCAGAAAUAAUUAUUUGAUAGAAAAUGUUCAUUAUACAGAAAGUAGCAGAUGAUGUUUUAACCUUACUAUUGGGGCAUAUGAAACAUAAAUUAUCUGAAAAGUGCUACCUGGCAGUGUUCAAGAACAGUUAGCAAAGGACGUACAACUUUCAGAUUCCAUUUCAGAGAAACAGGCAUAAUUUUUUUUCAGAGUGCAAGCUUUAUCCUGCAGAUGCCUAAAUACAAUCAAUUUACCCCCUGUAAGUGCAUCCAAUUUGAUGUUCUUGUCAGUUGUAUUAUUUAGUGGGUGCGGGCUUCUAGCACCAAUAUAGUUCCUUAAAUGGUGAUCUAUCUUGCCGUCUUGUGACCCCCAGUUGAUAAGCAAUGUCAAGAACCACCACUAUUUCACUGAGUCAAAUUAUCAUUUUGUAGGUCUUAGAAGAACUAGAGUUGAAGAUUUCUGAGUAUACCAAAAGAUGUCAAAUCAACAACAUAUGGUUGAGGAGGUAGCCUCAAAGGUACAAAUUCAUCACUGGAUCCUACUUCCGUAUUCAUACACUUCUAUCUGAAAUUCCCAUGAAUCUCAAGUUAGUUAGUUUGUUCACUAUAUAUUGCAGUAUACUAUUCGACCAGAUUGAGAUUGCAAAAUGGAGGCGUUGAUUCGUUUGGUUUGACUCAUCUUCAUUGGGAAUGACUUGACUGAUCUGAAACUUUUUUUUUGGUCUAACAAAUAUCACAAAUGUUCUCCAGUCAGCCACCUCACUUGCCUUUGACUCCCUGCAAUCGAGACCCCAAGACACUGGCAAGCCUGAUUAUAUGGAAGCACAUGGUUAAUGCUCUAUUGCGGUAUAUGCAUGCAAGGCACUGCUUGGACUUUGGAUUGGCUUGCAUUUAUGGGCAUGUUUUAAAUAGGGAAGAAACCUUUGACAUGGUGCAGGUGGGCAUGUCCGUGGGCACGACAAUAGUUGAAAAAGGAAUGUUCAGGGGUUGUGCAUUAGCUACACUACAAUCAAGUUCAUGCUCCUCCAGAGCUGGCUUGUGGAUACCGUGUGAAGCGCGUUCAAGAUUAGAUAGUGAUUUAUGGUAUCUCCUAUUUUCGUCAGGAAAUGCGCUAUUGUUACCACAGCCGCGCCAGUAUCAAGGUGAUGCACCUUAUGUGUCAAAUGCUUUUAUAUGUCCAGUAUGUAUCGGACAAAACUCUACCAAGAUGAAGGCAUUGCCUUUAGGAUUGUCUUUAAUUGAUAUUGAUAAUAACAAUGAGCAUGCUCCGUGA